AUGCCUCCCCUUUUCCAUAACUCGUCUGAUCUUCAAACCCUAAAGAAACCCAAAAUCCUAGUACCUAAAAACACAUUUUCUUCACUUCAAGGUCGCUUUUCGGUGCACCAUUGUGCAUGGCUCUUCGUCACCAUUCUCUUCCAAGUCUUCCUCCUAAUCUUCAUCUCCGGUACUCAACUUAUAUACAAUACACCCACUCAACAACAGUUAUUCCCUUCUUUUCAGGCAGAAAAAUGUGAGUCCGGCAAGGUUUACGUAUACAACCUGCCAGAAAUGCUUAACAAAGAUUUGUUGAAUAAAUGCCACGAAUUAGAUCCAUGGCAUUCGCUGUGCAACGCCGUUUCUAACAACGGGUUUGGCCCUAGAGCCACUGGACUCGCCGGCAUUGUGCCUGCAAAUCUUGUUCCGGCGUGGUACUGGACUGACAUGCAUGCUGGGGAGAUUAUAUAUCACGCUCGGAUUUUGAACUACAAGUGUAGAACAAUGGAUCCAGAAUUGGCUAGGGUAUUCUACAUUCCGUUUUACGCUGGGAUUGCGGUACAAAAAUAUUUGUUCACUAAUUCCAGCGCAAGGGACCGUGAUUGGCACUGUGAAACAAUGCUGAGGUGGGUUCAGAACCAACCAUAUUGGAGGAGAUUCAACGGCUCUGAUCACUUCAUCAUGCUUGGUCGGGUGACGUGGGAUUUUCGACGAUCCAACGAUGCAGAUUGGGGGACGGGCUUCAUUAACAUGCCAUUGAUGCAAAAUAUCAUACGGCUCACCAUUGAACAAAGCCAGUGGGACCCUUUGGAUGUUGGUGUACCUUACCCCACCGGAUUCCAUCCUCGGUCCGCCUCAGAAGUUCAUCAAUGGCAAAACUUUGUCCGUACUCGCAAGCGAAAGACCCUCUUCGCCUUUGCAGGUGGGAAACGACCGGGUAUGAAGAAUGACUUCAGAUCAUUGUUACUGAGUUACUGUUAUAAAGAGUCUGACUCGUGUCGAGUCGUAGACUGUGGCCGGACACGGUGCCAAGAUGGGACGUCGGCGAUUCUUGAAGCCUUCAUUGACUCGGACUUCUGUUUGCAGCCUAGAGGUGAUUCCUACACGAGGCGCUCUCAGUUUGAUUGCAUGUUGGCAGGCUCGAUCCCAGUGUUUUUCUGGAAAAACGGAAUCUAUGAUCAGUAUCAAUGGUUCUUGCCAGGUGACCCACAAAGUUUCUCGGUGUUUAUAGAUCACAGGGAUGUGAGAAAUGGUGCUACUUCUAUAAGACGAGUGCUGGAGAUUUUCAGCAGGGAAGAGGUGAGAAGGAUGAGAGAGAAAGUGAUUGAUUCUAUACCCAAGUUUGUGUACGCAGACCCUAGUCAGGGUUUGGAUGUUAGUAGAGAUGCUGUUGAUAUUGCCAUUGAUGGGGUGUUAAGGAGGUUCAAGGAACAAAGAGGGGGACGCAAGUCAAAUACGACAAAGGAAGCAAGUGAAACAGCGAAACAUUCAAAUGUGUUGAUGAGGAGAUUGCAAGAUAGCUAUGACCAAAAGUCAGGUGAAGAUGGCGAUAACAACUCUAGCUACAACUCCAAGGGAGAUAUACGUGCUGUUUUGGUUGUGAUGCGUACUGUAAUUUCUUAG